CAUCAAGCCUGCUCGAGCUUUAGCAGGGAAAGCUGGUCACUCAGCAGGCAAGCACCCGUAGAAGUGCUGCAUUUCUGUCCAGCAGCGCGCUCCACGCACGCUGCGACGCCACUUGCCGCCCAGCCGCGCAUUUGUCGCACGAUCGAUGGCGCGGCCUGCCUCCAUGGCGCACCACCGCUGCGUCUCCGUCGCCUUGCUGCUGCUCGCCGUCGCCGUCUCGGUCAGCGCUGUGACUACAACGAAGGUCCAGACCCUCGUCUUCAGCAACGCGGACGGCAGCACGACGGUGGACAACUACACCAUCCACGGCCGGUUCGUGUACGACAACGAAACCAAGGCCAGGAUCACGCCGGUCAAGGAAUCCGACGGCUCCGUCGCGGUCGAGAACGGUAAGUACCGGUGGUACAAGAACGGCACCAUCACCGCGCCCGGCAUCACCAUAUACCUGGCCGGCGCCGCCAGCUUCGUGACUGUAGGGGGCACGACGCUGUUCGGCAAGGGCGGGGUGGUGAAGGACGCCAAGGGCAACGUGCUGACGUGGUCCCACAACCCCGACGGAUCGUUCACCGCCGGCGACCUAACCGGCUACCCGAACGGCACGUUUACCGGUUCUAACGGCGUGACGCUUCGAACGAGGCUGACGAUAAGACCGUCUAACGGCGGCGCCGGUGCGACUAUCGGCCCCGCCCCCGCCCCCAAGCCCUCUCCCUCCCCCCCGACGCCGUCGCCGGCGCCGACUCCCAGCCCGCCUCCCGCCCCCGCCUCUCUUCCCCCCCCCGCCUCCUCUCCCUCUCCCUCCCCCUCGACGCCCACGCCGACUCCCACCCCGUCUCCCACCACCGGUUCCUCUCCUUCCACCAUCCCCUCCUCCGGCACCGCCGGUACCAUCAACGCCAAUCCCGACGGCAGCGUCAAUAUCGACGGCAACACUCUGUAUAAGAACGGAACUAUCGUGGACUCGCAGGGCAUGGUCCUGAGGCCCGCUCAAAACGACGACGGGUCGCUCACUCUCGCGGAAUACAGCUACUUCCCCGCGAAUGGCACUCUGGUGGGGAAAGGCGUGGUCUUCGAGACGGCUGCCGGCAGUGUGACCAUUGGCGCGACGAAAGUAGUCCCGAACGGCAACAUUGUGGAUGCGGCAAGCGGGCAGCCCGUGAAGGUUACUCCGAGCAAGGACGGGUCCGAGUCGUUCACCGUGGGCGAGGUGACUGGGUGGCCCAACGGCGCCCUCCUUGGGCGCAACGGUGUGCUGGUCAACACUGGCCUGCCGCUCACCCUCAAGGCUGAUAACACCGUCGCUGUCGGCGCUGCUCCCACCCCUGCUUCCCCACCGCCACCCAGUCCUGCUGGUUCGCUGGCGUCGCCGGGCAGUGCCCUCACAGUGGCCAUGGGUGUGGCGCUUGCCUGCCUCCUAUUCGUGUAGAGCCCACCAACGGCAGUGGCAGCAGUGGUUUAAAGCUUGCGGCUAAAAUAGCAUUCAAGACAAGCUUUUAAUUUCCACUUGCUUUUAAAAGGGAUGCUGUCUUGCUUUUUAGUUUGUGGAACACAAACAUGAAUUCAGAUAUGGGAUGAAACCUGAAAGUGGCGAAGUGACAUAAAAGCCCUUAGGAUCUUUUCCAGAGACUAAGUCCCAGCUGUAAAGACUUGAGACUUUGAGUAGUGCAGCGGAAGUUGAGGCAGUUGAACCCUUGUACUAGUAUGUGAGAACAACCCUUAGGAUCUUUUCCAGAGACUAAGUCCCAGCUGUAAAGACUUGAGACUUUGAGUAGUGCAGCGGAAGUUGAGGCAGUUGAACCCUUGUACUAGUAU